AUGGCAAAAAUCUGCACCGAGCAGUCCUUCCCAGCUCAGCCACGGCUGUCGGUCCGCCCCUCUGAGGACGACAUUGAGCGGAUUGAAAAUGGCAACAGCAGGGCCCAUUCUCUUUGUGAGGACACAUCCUCAGAGCUCCAGGGCGUUGUCUCCGUGGCCACCAGCAGACUGCCCGAAUCCCGCAGGAGUUCCUUUACGGGUGCUGGAGCCAUGGCCAGGCUCUCCCACUUCAUCUUCAUGCUGAGGAACUGGGCCUCCCGCAGGCUGCACCAUGAGGUGGAGAGACCCGAUUCCUUCCUGGAACGUUUCCGGGGCCCGGACAUGAAGGAGGCCUCCAGCCGGGAGAGCAACGCCCAGUCCUCCCUGGGCCACCCGGACCGGCCACGCAGGAGGAAUCGUAUCAGUCAUUGGCCACUGGCUACUCUCAAUGUCAACAACUGCAACAACACAGAUGAUAAAAAAGAGGACAAGAAGGAGGAAAUAAAAAAGGAUGAGAAAAAAGAAGAAAAAAAGGAUGAGAAGAAAGAUGAGAAAAAGGAUGAGAAGAAGGAUGAGAAAAAGGAUGAGAAGAAGGAUGAGAAGAAGGAUGAAAAGAAAGAUGACAAGAAGGAUGAUAAAAAAGAUGACAAAAAGAAAGAGGAGCCACCGAAAGAGGUCUGGAUCAUGGACCCAGCAACGGACUUAUACUACAGAUGGCUUACGAUAAUAGCCGCCCCAGCCAUGUACAACCUGAUGAUGAUUGUGACCAGGGCCUGUUUCAAUGAGCUUCAGAACAGCUUCACCACCCUGUGGAUCAUCCUGGAUUACUCCUCUGAUGCCAUCUACUAUAUGGACACAUUUGUAAGAUCACGAACAGGAUUCUUGGAACAAGGGCUGCUUGUAAAAGACCCAAAGAAGUUAAGAGAGAACUACAGGAAAACGCAACAGUUCAAAUUUGACAUUUUCUCAAUGUUGCCAACUGAUAUAUUUAUGUUAAAAAUGGGCUUCAACAGCCCUGAGCUAAGGUUCAACCGCCUCUUCAAAAUCUCGCGCCUCUUUGAGUUCUUUGACCGCACAGAGACCAGAACUAACUACCCCAAUAUUUUCCGAAUCAGCAACCUUGUUCUCUAUAUCCUGAUCAUCAUCCAUUGGAAUGCCUGCAUCUUCUUUGCCAUCUCCAAGACCAUCGGCUUUGGCUCAGACACCUGGGUGUACCCAAACAUUAGCCACCCUGAGUAUGGCCGCCUGGCCCGUAAGUACAUCUACUGCCUGUACUGGUCCACACUCACCCUCACCACCAUUGGUGAAACGCCCCCUCCCGUCAGGGACAUUGAGUACCUGUUUGUCGUCUGCGACUUCCUCAUCGGCGUGCUGAUCUUUGCUACCAUCGUCGGUAACGUCGGCGCCAUGAUCUCCAACAUGAACGCCUCCCGCGCCGAGUUCCAGGCCAAGAUCGACUCCAUCAAGCAGUACAUGCAGUUCCGUAAGGUCACCAAGGACCUGGAGGCCAGGGUCAUCAAGUGGUUCGACUACCUGUGGACCAACAAGAAGACCUGCGACGAGAAAGAAGUGCUGAAGUACCUGCCGGACAAGCUGAAGGCCGAGAUCGCCAUCAAUGUCCACCUGGACACGCUGAAGAAGGUGCGCAUCUUCCAGGACUGCGAAGCCGGCUUGCUGAUUGAGCUGGUGCUCAAGCUGCAACCCCAGGUCUUCAGCCCUGGGGACUACAUCUGCAAGAAAGGCGACAUCGGGCGAGAGAUGUACAUCAUCAAGGAAGGCAAGCUGGCGGUGGUGGCGGACGAUGGGGUCACACAGUUUGUGGUGCUUAGCGACGGUGCCUAUUUCGGGGAAAUCAGUAUCCUGGGCAUCAAGGGAAGUAAAGCCGGAAACAGAAGAACAGCGAACAUCCGCAGCGUGGGCUACUCCGACCUCUUUGCCCUCUCCAAGGAUGACUUGAUGGAGGCCCUCACCGAGUACCCCGACGCCAAGAAGGCCCUGGAGGAGAAAGGGAAGGCCAUCCUGAUGAAGGACAACCUCAUCGAUGAGGCCGUGGCCAACGCCGGUGCUGACCCCAAAGACAUGGAGGAGAAGGUCACACGGCUGGAGUCCAACCUGGACGUCAUGCAGACCAAGUUCGCUAAGCUAAUGGCGGAGUACACUGCGAGCCAGGGUAAGAUCAAGCAGAGGAUCUCAAACAUGGAGGCCAGGGUCAAGACCCUCAGGACGGAAGAUAUCUCUGAGGUCGUUGAAGACAAAAAGGACAAGUAG